CCUCUUCCCAGUCCAGGCGCGGGUCCUGCACUUCCUCCCCCUCUGUCCCUCCUGUUCUGCACCAGCAGUGAUUCUUUUUAACUCCAUGUUGAAGACAACCAUCUACAUGAUGCCUGCAACAGUGGUGAUCACAAACUCAAUCCGGGGUUUAACAAACGAGCUUCAGAUACAAACGCAGUUUAUCAGAGAGUUAGGCUGCGUCCACGACACAGAUUUUGAGGGGAAGACGACCCCUUUUGAUUCGAUCGAUCUGAAGAUUGAUGCACCCCAGCUUCUGCUUUUGUUUCCAAAGCAAGACCUCGUUAAUCAGUGCAAAGAUAAAUUGAGUCGAAACAAAAAGUUCGUGCCAGCAACGUUAUGUCUCGCCGGACCGUCCCCACCCAGUGAGAGAAUCAAAGCUCAAGUCGUUAUUGGCACGCCCGGUUGCAUGAAGCGCUUGAUAUCGGCGCACAAAGCUGUGCACACAACACAUAUCAAGACUGUAGUCUUUGCUGAAGCCGAUCACAUUUUUGCUAAGGAUGAAUAUGUGGACGAUUCAUUAAGACUUAUGAAGUACGUUAAGAAAAAGCAAAGCAGUGAAUUCGAGGAGACACCAGAAUUCCAAGCAUUGUUACUCGCAUCAACUUCCAACCAUAAAGUAGACUCUUUCAUAUCGAAGGCUAUUCCUGAAAGGACCAACCGUUUCAUUUCUGACCACGCCCAGCUUUUAGCUGUCUCAGCCUGGGAGUAUCACAUCGUGUUCUCUGAUGCUAGCGCACAGAUCGAUUCCUGCAAGGAGGUCAUGAAGGACCGUUUUAGUCGGGAUACACAUGGCGAUGGUAGGCCGCUGAAGAUGAAGCUUGUUGAAGAUGUGUGGUCAAUCGUUCAUGUGUCGCAUUUAUCUUACCAGGAGCUGUGGAAAUUCCAGGGGAGAGUUACAAACAGUUAGGUUUUCAAAACAACGGCGCUGGCCAUGAGCAGUGCCAGAAGAUCGUGCUUUGGAUCUUGCCGUACCUACCAGUACCAGAUGAUGCACGCAAGCGACUUGCAGAAUGCCGAAGGGAGCACGUCAAGCUGUUGUUAGAUCGGGAAGAUCUUGAAGUGCUGUUCAAUGGCAACAAUGCCUUCACAGCUUGGACCGGUCCACGAGCUUGUCGUCGUAGUUUGUUUAGUGAGCUUAUGAAGGGGAUGAUUGGAAAGAUGAGCUGCAAGGGAGUGAAGUAUUUCCUGUCAAUGUGUGUGAGAGAGUACAUGGUGCUGAAGAACGCACACAAUGAGCUACACAGGAAACUGAUGGGUACAAACUUGGAGGUGGAAAUCGACAUUGGAUUGUGGUGUUUGAGAAGUAAGUCCAUGAAUGAGGGUCUGGACUGACAUUGUUGUGUGUGUUUGUAUUCAGAUCCCAACACAAAGGCUGAGGAAUUUGUGAACAAAAGAUUGUUCACAAAGAUGCUUUUUUCCUAGAUAGACAAUGAAUGAUUGCAACAAGUACAUGUUUUGAACCACAAAUAUGGUUUUUACUUAUUACUUUAA